AGUGCUUUAGGGUGUUCUUUCUUAGUUGCAGCUACAAUGGGGUCUCACCAUUUCCCUGCCCGGACUGUCCUGUUUGAAAGGGAAACAAGUGGAGUGACAUACCGAGUGCCAGCACUACUCUACAUCCCAUCUGUAGCCAAGGUCUUGGCUUUUGCAGAACAGCGGCUAAGUGUGGAUGAUGCUCAUGCCAAUUUACUGGUGCUAAGAAGGGGCACUUUCUACGAGAACUUUGUGCAGUGGGAAGAUAUGCAAGCCAUUGAAACUGCAACACUGACACACCAUCGAUCUAUGAACCCUUGCCCCAUCUAUGACGAAUUCACUGGCAUGGUUUUCCUAUUUUUCAUUGCUGUGUUGGGCAGGACCUCUGAAGCCUUUCAGAUUGUCACAGGUCAAAAUGCUGCUCGUCUCUGCUACGUGUCUAGUUCUGACCAGGGGGUCAGCUGGAGUCAUGUGACUGAUCUCACUGAGGAAGUCAUUGGCACAUCCAUCCAAGAAUGGGCUACUUUUGCACUUGGCCCUGGGCAUGGCAUUCAGCUCAAGUCAGGCCGUCUGCUGUUGCCUGCCUAUACUUACUAUAUUGACUGCAAAAAAUGCUUUGGGAAACUCUGCAAAACAACCCCACAUGCAUUUGCCUUCUACAGUGAUGACCAUGGACACAGCUGGUACUUUGGUGAGUUCAUCCCCAAUCUGCAGACCGUUGAGUGCCAGAUGGUGUCGGUGGAUGAGGAAGAUGGAAGCCAUGUGCUGUUCUGCAAUGCUAGGAGUCCCCUGGGCUUCCGUGUUCAAGCACUCAGCCCAGAUGAUGGGGCAGCAUUCCUUUCAGGGCAGCUGGUGCCACGACUUGUGGAGCCUCCUCAUGGUUGCCACGGAAGUAUCAUUGGAUUCCCAGCUCCACUUUACUGUGUGUACUGUGGCCUCCAAGGGUCCCAGAGAAAAGCAUGUCCUGUUAAAGGGCCGAGCUUCCUAUUGCAGUCUGGAAUGCAUGAGAGGCCACAGUUUUGUCCAGCACAACUUACUACAUCUCUCUGCAACCAAUAUUUAUGCCACCAACAGCUGGAAAGGUUUAUAUCAACUGGAACUUCUAGUGCCCACCUCAACAGUAUCCUUAGCCCCACCUCCUGGAGUAUGGCAUGUACUGAUCAAGAUCACAACAAUGCUGGAACUGUUUCCAAAUCAGAUACAUACUUGGAAAUCCCUACAUGGGUGCUAUAUUCCCACCCAACAAGCUCCAGGUCCCGAGAUAACCUGGGAGUUUAUCUCAGCACAUUUCCUAGAGAUGUUGACAGCUGGUCCAAGCCCUGGAUUAUUUAUGAAGGGCCCAGUGCUUACUCAGACCUGGCCUACAUUGACCUGCCUUACUCAGAGUUCCCAGCAGCUGGGAUCCCAGCCAUAGUAUUUGCCUGUCUAUAUGAGAAUGGGGUGCAGUCCCCAUAUGAGCAAAUAUCUUUCAGCAUGUUUACAUUGCAUGAAGUUCUUCAGAAUAUUCCUCUAGCUACUUCUUCCCUGAAUCAGAAGCAGUCCUCAGAGGGUAGAAAGAGAAAGGGGACAAAGUGUGUCAUCUCUUAAACUGAGGAACAACAUAUCCUAGACCCAUUUAAACCUCAUUCAUCCUACAAUAAACA